AUGGAGUGCAUCCGAGAAUCAGAGCUACGGGAACUAUUCAAAGAGUUUGACAAGAAUGGUGACGGAAAAAUCACAAGAGAAGAACUAGAGCUCGUUCUCAUACAACUGGGGGAAAAACCGUCGAGCUCACAAGUCGAUGCGAUUAUGCGUCAGACAGACACCGACGGUAACGGAUGUAUCGAAGUCGAUGAAUUCCUUCAGGCCUUUCGGAAGCAACUUCUAAAUCCUCGAGAAGAAAGGGAACUGCGAGAAGUAUUUGGAGUGUUUGACAAAAACGGCGAUGGUUUGAUUUCGGCCGAAGAUUUGCUUAUGGUGAUGCAUUCGUUAGGAAAGAAACUCAACGAAGCCGAUGCCCAUGAUAUGAUACGGGAAGGAGAUGUUGACCGCGACGGGAUGAUUAGCUUCCACGGUGAGAGUGAUAACAGAAUGUUAGAAAUUUGA